CGAGUGUUGGCAUAAAAAAAUGAAAUCAAUGUCUAUAUAAACAACAGUUGAUUCGUUAAUGUUCAUGUGGAUACCGUGUUUUGGUCACCAAUCCACUCAUAACCAUUUCAAUACGACCCAUCUAAAACUACACUUUAACAGUCUGUAUAUAGUACAUUUGAAGUGUUUUAAAAAACUGACCAACAAUGUGAUUCAAAUGUUCAAUUUAAAGUGAAAUUCUCUUGAGAGAAAACUUUAUGAAUUCAUCAAACAGGACGAUCACGUUCAGUGUCCUUAGUUCUAUGAGUACAGUUUGUACUAAACUGUAAUUGACGAGAAUCUACUUACAUCAAGUGGAAAGUUGAUAGAGUUGUGAAUAAAAUUCUCUCACCACAAACGUAGUAUGUAUAUGAGUAAAAUAAAUUAAAGUUGCAUCACUUUCAAAAUCACAUCGUGAUAAGAAUAUCAUCAUAAGCACUGUGUCCAGUGACCUCAAUUUCAUGAGUGCAUUUCUCAUUAGUGUUUCAUAUCAUGAGAACUUAGUCGCAGUCUUGGAACCAAACUGAAAGUAUUUAUGAGAAUAUUUCAGUUCACUCUAUUUGGUUUCUCACCAAAACGGUAUAUAAACAAACGUUAUCUGCAUAUUCAUCAGAGAAAUUGAGUUCAGAAGUAGUAUGUUGCUGGAAUACAACCUUCUAAUAAACGGAGUCACUUUACUGAUUUCACAUGACAUAAAUGCCGCCAUAUCGGAAUAUGGGAAACUUUAUGCAGUAAAUAUUCAGAUUCGUUAUAAACUUCUCAUUAUGGCAUUGAAAUCGGAUAUAAAUCUCACACUGGAAGAAAGUUAUACCUCUGCUGGAGCAGCUUGGAAACUGGAAAAUGAAGACACAUUCAGAAUGAAUAUGGAUUCUUAUAUGGAUGUGAACAAAACCAUUGUACCAAACAUCUGUAUGACUAUGUUGCAGCAAAAAGGUGAUAGAAACUGGGAUGACAAUAUUCAAAAAAAAAUAGAAUAUGGUGAGUUCAAUGGAAUUUUAUUCGAAAUAUUUGCGUUUGAAAAUCUUGCUUUAAAUAGCUUGGUUGUAUGUCUCUAGGCUGAUAGGUCACAAUUUAUUUCUCCACAUCGGUCUGUCAUCUUUCAACCAGUAACAACCUUCUCCAAUGACUUGAGAUUAUGACUAUUGGACGUAAUAUCCUUAAAAUAGUUUAAGAUGUCUAAUCUUUCUUCACAUAGUCAAUAGGCACUUGCAAGUAUUUGGAAGCCGCCUGUAGAUCUGAGGAUGCAGCCAUCUCUCAGAAAUAGUCGAUCAACAUGGUUAAAUCGUACAUACGUGUGUUUUCAUAGUUUCUUUGUUAAGGAAACAAAAGUUGAAUCCAUCCGUUUAGUGAACAUCAUCACAAUACCUUCUAUUCACUUUAAGGAAUCAUGUUCAAAUGGUAGAUCACAGAAGAGAAGAUUACUUACAUAACAGCUAUAUGAGAAUACUAUCAAGUUAACUUACUUAUUCACCUGUGCCUUUGACACGUCAACAGGUUGUGAAGUCCUGAAGAAAUAUUGCGAUUGGAAAUGGGGAGCACGAACAAAAUUAGAUUUGAUGACAAGUAAGCAAAUGUUUCUCACAUUCAAUCAGCUGUCAGAUUCUGCCUAUCGCAUGACUAGUAGAGCCAUUCAUGUUUGGGGACCAACCUCAUGGUGUCAACUUUUGAACGUGAUUUUCAUAAUACGCAUCUAAGUUAUUUGCAUGAUGUGAUGAAUUUUCAAGUUGUCAUAUUUGAGAAAGCGAAAAAAUGUUAACUGACUUGACUUGAGAUUCAUAGACCUACAAGAUUACCUGAAUUCAAUAGGUGUAACAAUUUACCAAUGAAGAUGUGUUGAAACACGUUUUAGUGUGGAUUUCGUGUCUUUAUUAACAAGUCCAUUGUAUCCUGUUUAAGGAUCGUGACAUUCCAUUUAUACAGUACUUGUAUUCUGACUCGGAUUAUUUGGGUUUUCAUUUGUUAAACCUGUGCAUUUCAUAGUUCUCAAUAAAUGAUUCUGAAAUGUUAUGUUCUGUCGGAAUAACGUCUAGCAGUAUCAUAUGAAUUUCUUCGAAUAGCAUAUACGGAAUUUUAUAGUGCUAACUUCUAUGUUUUCUUUGAUACAGUUCAAUGGUUGGCUGGUUCAGAUAAAAACAGUCAAUCACGAUACAUUACAGACAGGGGUAGGUUUGUUUUUGAAAAGUAAUGAGUUGGUGAAUUUGGUCUUUACUCAAAUAUAACUUACCGACUGAUAUCAGUUUGAGCCGUACCGCACUCCAGAUAAGAUGAAAAACAAUACUUGCCUAAAUCAGUUACUUGUGUAUCUGUAAACAUUUUAACAGAGUUAACUGAUGGCUAAUUCAGUGGGUAUUGGAAGUUACAUUAGAAAAACACCAUUUAUGGAAGUUAUGGAAAGCAAGGUUGUACGGCACUACUUAUCCAAUUAGUAGGUAAACAUUUUGAUGUUUCUAAUCGACGAAAGACAUAUAGACGUUUGUUAAACGUAGAGCACUUACCAAAGAAUCAAUUGCAAGUGCAUGCACAGUCUUAUUUAUCUCCGAAAUCAAUUUUGUUACCAAAACACAUGCUCAUUGACCGUGCUAUUGGAAACAGCGUUUUCGUAGUGUAGUACUGUGUAGAAACGUUCACAUUUCUUACGAUAUUUUGUUGAAUAAGGCGGACUUCGCAUGUUCUCACUUAAUUCCACCUAAAAUUCUGAAUUGCAUAGAAGUGGAAACGAUCAAACAGUUUUCGAUUUCAAAUCUUCCCAAUAUCACUCAACAAUUUCAUCAAUAGUGAAAUCAACUGUUUUAAACUCUCGUGUAUUUAAUUGCGAUAUUCAAAACAGGUUUUGAUUACUAUUUGAAAGAAAAAGCACUCCAAUGUUCUGAGGAUGUGAUGAAGAUACACCGAGGCAAGUGUAGCAGGAAUUUUAUUGAGAGUUAACAAAUAAGUGUUGCUUACAUACCUUGGUUCUUAUUUGACGGUGACACAUGUUACAUUGACUGAAAUCUUAUGGUUACUCUAAUCUCAUUACAAUUUCAACCAGACAUUCACCGAUAUAAAAUGACUGUGGCAAUUUCGUUUUCCAUUGUUCAUAGCUAAAGCCGAGGUAAACUGUAUAUCAACGACAAGAGAAUAUUUUGAGUUACAGCGAGUAAAAGGUAAGUUGACAAGCAAGUCCUCCAUAUGCGUAAUACGUAAAAAGAAUAAUGUCAACCUGAGGCGCCAUUCACUAUCAAUCAUUGGAAUACAGUGCUACCAGACGCUCAAUAUUCUAAAAGUAAUCAUGACAGAGGGAACGGGAACGUCUCUAGACAUCGAAUCAAGCGAUGAGAAGAAACAAAAUGGAAGCAACAGAUUUCCAAAUUAUCUGUUAUUUAUCGUAGUUGUAUAGAGUGUGAUUUUAUCCAUUUCAUAUACCAAUGUAUCUCAUAAGCAGUUUAUGUCUGUCAGUUACAUUUAUAUGUGUUGUAUUUCUGCUUGGUGUCUCUACUUCUCCUUGUCACGGAUAACCCAUUCUUUACAGAUACCCCGAACUCAAAAACCCAAGCUAAUCAAUUUGACAAAAUUAACAAAAAUUUCAACAGUUCACUAGGUAAGACCAAUGAUUAAUUCCUUUAAACUAAAUAUAAUCACGUGCGCAUCUGAAAGUGAAGUAAGAGCUUGUCGUUCCACUGUACUGAAAUCAUGGCAACAUUUAUACUGAACUGUAUCUAAACCUUACGAUACCAUCUUAGUUUCCAUCAAGGAACAGAGAAUCAAACAAAACUCGUGACCUACUUUCCAGGCGUUCUUCUACUCAUGGUGUAUCGCCAUAACUACUGAAGUUAGUGUGACUGCAGUAAUGCUUUCUAUCUUUCCAAACAAGUCUCAAACAUUGAUAUGCCACAUGGAAACAAACGUGUUCACAUAGUUAUUUUCAAUGAGUUUGCUCAGACAAUUAAAUCCCUGGUAUUGCCAUAUUAUGCGUGAUAAAUAGAUUGUUUCAUCAAAUUGGUGAACAAAGCUUCCAGUUUUCAGCUACGUUUUUACACCAUUAACUCACUAAGUAUAUUAGGAACUUACUGAUACCACAUUUGUUACAAAUUCGCUUCAUUUUGAUUAACAUUUGUGCGUUGGAUAUUUAUUAUUCUGGAAUACCACUUCAAUUUAAUUCACAGGCGAGUUGAAGAGUAAAGUGGAAGGCCUCGAAAUAAAUAGGAUUAAUUAUUUGAGAUAUAAAAAUCCCAUGGAAAGGGUCACCGCAGUCUUAAAGGCAAUGGAAGAAGAGGUGGAUCACGAGUAUGGUAAGUAUAGCUGACGUCCAUUCACUUAUAUCUUUACACUUACUCAGUACCCUCUUACUAAUGUGAGUCGUUUAAAAUGUCACCAUAAGCCGGUAAACGUGUCAAUAUCAUAUUGUGAAAAUGUAUGUUGUAUGGAAGCCAUCCAGUGGGAUUUCGAUCACGAGUAACAAAAUUACUUGUCACAAUCAAUUUUGUCAGCGUGCGACUUAACAUCUCAAACGAAACCCAAGUUCUGUAACAAUGAUGAUUCCAGACGUAUAUUAUUAAUAUCACAUAUUCACUGGUGUUAUGUGGUCAGUACACUCGAGAGAAUUCAUCUAGAUACGUGAGUUCAGUGCGAUCCCCCGUAGAACUGCAUAAAUCCAUGGGAUUCGCAGUGCUCGCACUUGUCUAUAAAGGCACAUAUCUGUGCAGAGAUUGAUUGAGAAACAACCAUAAUACAUCACUGUACAUACUGCUGGCUACUGAUCAAUAUUUGGGGAAUUCGUGUAAAUAUAUUGUGCAGUGAGUGAAGUAAUGUAGGUAACUAACCAGUCAUGAUACAUUUAUGUCCUUGCUACUUUACAUCGGUCAUAACUCUUUUAUUUACA